AUGGAAAUUUAUUCAAAGAAUGGCGAUUGCAACAAGGCAAAGUCGGGAGUUUAUUUAGAGCGUCAAGACCCGAGGUUUGUUAUCCUUUCUUUCUUUUAUUUAAGAAUUACUUUGUAUCUAUAUCACCUUAAUCGUUAAACGUUGAAUAACAGUACGUGUUGUACCGUUACUUGCAGUGACCUUAAACAAUUCAUUCGUAUUCGUUUUCAUAGGCAUAGCACUUACUAUAAUAGUUCUACGGUACUUGUUCAUUCAUAGCAGCCAAAUGCUUAAACCACUAGAAGCAUAUUUUUGUAUUUUAUCUUUUAAAUAGUGUAGCACUAUAAGGUUUUAACCUGUACUAUAUGUAGUUCAACUCAUUCGUUUUGGAAUUUUUCUUGCUCAUUGCUAUUGGCAAAGACAAAGUCGCAAAUUACGCAAGGCAAUUUCAAUUGAACAUGAAUAUCAUUUUGAUCACUCACUAACUUCAGCUGUCCUUUUUAUGUUACCUUUUAGUGCUCAGUAACGGCAUGAAUUUGUUAAACGUUAAUGAUUUAUUUGGGAGAGAUUGUUUAUUGUAAAAUUAAACCUGAACCUAUUCAGUAUUAGCGAGAAGAAUGUCACGAAAGGUAUCUCGAAAGAUAUUUUGUGUUCUGAUGCAAAUUAGAACGAGAAUUAGAACAUCAAUACUUUGACAAAACGUACAGACGUGAUCGCUGAUAAUAUAGUUUCAUCGCUAUGUAUAACCCAGUAUUAUUCUCAGGAUUCUGUGAGAAUAUUGAGACAGUUAAAUCUAUAUUUUAUAUCAUUAUAAACGGUCUGUUUUUGCACAACUCAGCGUGAGAAUUAAAGGCAAUAAAUCUUUUCCGGAGAUUUUUUUAUCAAUUCUAUUGGAAGUAUAUCCAUUUCAAUAUUCAGACGUAUUAUACACUCUCUAUAUGUGUUUGUUAAAGGGUAAUAUUCCCUGACUCGUAUUUCUAUUACUUGAUGAGCUUAUGGCUAAUAACUUGCCGCUGUUCUUUUUAUCAUUCUGUAACGAGUGAUAAAAAACAUCAAAUAUGAUUCGAAUUAUUUUCUGUUUUUUAAACCAUUCCUUUCUAUACAUACAACUGUACACUUCUGUGAGUAUUACUUGUUUCCGUGGUACUAAAAGCGAAUAUAUCCUAUAUGAAUAUCGACUUAUAAUCCGUUUCCUUAAUAUUAAUAUAGCCUUAUAUAGGUGUGUGUCUCAGUAUGUCGUAAACAAACUAUAAUUUCUGUUAGAAUAUUUAUUAAAGUCAAAUACAAAACAUUGCGGGGGAGGUGCAUGUACAUUCUUGAAGGUUCCUGAACAAUAAUUAUCGUUCUAUCAUAACUUGAGGGAAUCAGAACGUAACGUUUCUCUAAUUGCUUUUCUUGCCUGUAUCGUGCUAAUUCUUCUACACCUAUUUUUGGACCCACACAAAAAGGUCAAUGAAGAGAAUAAUUGUGUUAUAUAAAUAGUAAUCUUAAAUAUAGAACGAUAUAAUCUAUCUGGAAAGUGCUUCUGUUGACCAUAGCCGUAGGCUUCGUUCCUGCCAUUUUUUUCAAUUGAUGAUUAGGCAUUUAUAUUGGUUCGUCAGUGUUGCGGUUGUAUGCAUGAUAAUAAGAUGAGCAUUGUCUCGUGCUUGCCUGGGAGUCCGCGUUAGAAAUAAAGACUUGUACACGUAACUCAAAGAGUUGUACACGUAACUCAAUUCAGAAUUUUUAUUUUUUAGUAUAUUCUAUGCAUCGACAGACAAAUACACUAAGAUCGAAUUACUACAAUCUAGUUUCUGGAAGUUUUAUAAUAUUAAACUACAAAACUAUGCAUGCAUGGACAAUGGAUUCUGAAUAAUGUUAUCUGGUAUUAUUUGGACUUACACUGGCCAAUCGUCGUACCACUGACUUCUGGUUUAUCUGAGGAAAAUCUCUAAUAGUCGUUCAUAUGCUUUGUAAAAUAUGGCAAAAUCGUCAAUAUAACAAGAGGUGCUUACUCCAUAACUAUGGAAACGGAUUCCUUCUUUUCGAAAUGCGGACACAUCAACAUUUCAAAUCUAUAUAUAUGCCACUAUAAUGAUAACUUUCGGUUUCUUAAAUACUUGAGAAAUGAGAAUGUUGAAAUGUAGUAACAAUUUCAAUAAUUGGUCAUGUGGUCAAAGCCUUGCAGGAAAAAAUCCUAAAUUGCUUUCUAACUUUCGAAUUCUUUUAGAAUUUCUGUUGUGCACACAAAUGUUUGAAAAUUAAUAGAGAGAAUUUCUGUGAUGACCGAAGAUGAAGAUUUUCAUUUUGUCUAGUUAAUGUUUCAUUUAGUUAAUGCUUCCAUCCAAAUGGCAACUCAGAAUGAUGAAAAAUUGUCAUCGACAAUAACGAUUUUGUAAUCUAAAUAAUUCUGCUGCGAGUGCUUGCAUCUAAUUAAAAUUAACCGUUUAGCAUUGUGAUUGGAUGGAAAUCCGCCUUAAAACAAGUCGAAGUUAUACGAUUGGCUUCUUCUCUUGAGGUCAUUUCACAGUUUCCAUUGCAUGUGCUGAUGUGCAAUUCAGCAAUAUUUUGUGUGUAACACUGUUACGCAACACACAUUUAGUCCUUACCAAAAAUACGAGAAUCCCCCCUGAUAAUUUUAACUGUAACGUACUCUUUCUGGACUUCUGAUACAUUCAAAUGGUAGAGACAAGUUGACCUAAUAAUUGAUGAUUGCACUUCUUAAUAUGCGGUAAUGUUUGGACAGCGCAUGGUAACUCUAGGAGUUAACCUAUAACGAGUAACGGUAAUGGUCAAACUAAUGUUUUCCUCAGUCUGAGCAUAGUCAAUAGAAUAAGAAGGUUAGGAAAGUCGAUACAGACAUAAUGGGCGUCAUUAUCUAUGUUUUUGUCUUGGUUCGUGCAAAAAAAUGGUUGGUUCAUCGUCACGUGUGCAUUGUAUUUUUGCCAAACCAACCAAUUGCAGCGUGUUGGUUUAAUAGGCAAUUCCAGCAUUUAAUUUAUGCGCGCAGGGGGUGACGGGAAGUAAAGUAUCAUAUUGCUGAUUAUGCUGAAAAAUUUGCCGAAAAAUCUGCCGAAACAACCGAAAUAUUUCAAUAUUUACAAGUAUGAGCUAUCACUCAUACCGCCAUUUUUAUUUUUUCCAGCAUAAUCAACAAUAUGAUACCUUACCACAUACCUGCAUGCAUAAACUAAAAGCUGGAAUUACCUAUUACCCAGUCGCGUCGUGAUAGUUGAAUGAAAACAUAGCUAUUGGUUGAUUUGCAGUUCUUUCGUCUGAUGAAUGAUACGUUUGUUUGUCCGCGGUUUUACACAGACGAAUUAUCAGACAAAAAUGCAAACUAUAUCUUCUCUGUGCCCAUGAUGUUCCUCCAGACGGAUCAAUAUAAAUCUGUAGUAUAAAUCGGGACAAUAUAUAAUUAAUCCUAUAAACAUCAUUUUUUUCUUCUUUAAGAUCUACAAAAUGUGCUAUAUUUAAUUCUGAUAUCGCUAGUAUGUUCAUAUUAUACUUAAGGUUUCUCUUGUUCUCUCUAGUGGUAAGAAAAGAUUCAAAGCACCUCUUCCUCCUAUCACAGAAUUGCCGUCAUCCACUUUACCUUCAAACAGACGUUUAACGAAGUGGAACUCAACACCAGUGAUCCACCAAGAUUUUUCUGAGUUUACAUUUCCCUUGGCUCGUAAGCUGCCUGACUUGAGAAAACUUGAUCAAAAAACAUUUCUUCGUUCAACAGAACAUAUUUUGGCGACAUUUUAUGGUCUGGUGUUUAUAAUAGAAGGAGGAGAGUGGCAUAGUUUGAAAUCAGACUAUCUCCCUAUUUAUUUCGUCAGAAUUUCAGUAAAGAAUGUCAAAUAUCCUUUCAGAAUCUUGGUGAUUGAUAACGAAAGUGACAACCAUAUCAGGGUGAGAAAUUGUUAAUUUUACUCCAAUGGUCCUUAAUAGAAGUGUCAGCUUACGUCACGUAAUUUUUCAAACAAUGAAUUAUUGUUUGAAAAUGUUUCAACCGUAUAUAUAUUUCGUAUGAAUAUGCUUUACCAAGCAUAUUCAUACGAAAUGCUUUACCAUUGAUUAUUGUUCUAUGGUGUGGGGCAACUGUGGCGCAUCCUUAAAGGAAAGCUGCAGCAACUUCAUCACCGAGCUGCAUGCCAGAGUCAUUACAGGUGAUUCAUAUGAAACACUCUCCUCGCGGAUAUUUUGGAAAAAUUACAUUGGAAAACGCUUGCGGAAAAAAGAAAGGAGCAGCAACUAAAAGUAAAAUAUGUCUCGAAAGCUCUGCGAAUGUCCUGAGAACAUUUCAGAUAUGUUUGAAAUAUGUAAUUCUGAGAAAUAAUAUUCUAAUUUUGAUUUUAAAAAAUAAUAAUAAUUAUAAUAAUAAUAAUUUUUAUAAUAGUAUUCUAAUUUUGAUUUUAAAUAUACGAGUUAAGAAGUAAUAAUAACACACUGAUGUUGUCGAAGCCCGGAACCAAUUCAAUGAAACAAACUUCGGAUACGCUGCUGCCAAGUAUGGAAUCAAAGUAAUAAUUGAAGUGUGAGAGGGGGAAUAAGGGAGGUUUGGGCGAAGAAAUUGCUAGUAGGGGUGGGGUGGGGGGAUCAGUCUACAAUACUUCUUACCGUGUUAAAAGAUGGUUUUUUUAUAAAUAAAUUGACCCAAAAGUAUCCCACAAUGCACUGUGUAUUCCAGAAGUCCUCUGUAUUAAAAAUUGCGUGACGUAAGCACUUCUUCGUAAGCACUAGCCUAAGGUCUAUUAAUUAAAGUUAAGAAAUAUCUUAAAGUGCAUAUGACAUGAAAUUUCUUAUUUUCUUAAACGAAAGAACUCUUUAAGCUGUAGUGUAACUUAUUUUUCAGUUUCUUGUUUUCAUGGUUUGUUCCCGAGAUAUUUCAAUUUGUUUGAUAGGUAAAUGAGAGUGAAUAUGUCCGCUAAUUUAUGACGUCACAUUGGUUGCAAGCUCAACUUACACUGGUUAUAAAUCUAUUAACUUUUUGUACAUUGAUGCAUCACAUUUACCAGUGAGUGAAGUUUGAAUUUAUUAUCUUGUAUGAUAGCAGUGAUAUUCAACCAUUUUGAAGAGCUUGCAACCAACAUGACGUCAUAAAUUAGCGGACAUAUUCACACUCAUUUACAUAUCAAACGAAUUGAAAUAUCUCGGGAACAAAACAUAAAAACAAGAAACUGAAAAAUAAGUUACACUACAGCUUAAAGAGUUCUUUCAUUUAAGAAAAUAAGAAAUUUCAUGUCAUAUGCACUUUAACAAUUUGACACUGUUCGUAAUGGUCCUAACGCAGGAUAUGCAUGACCUUACCAUUAUUAGGCCUACUCAAAAUUUGGGUGUCCAUCCUACUGGUUUGGUAUACACCUUAAUUUGUUUGCCUUUAUAUGACGAGAACCAUUGCCCAAAGUUUUUUUAUUUGAUCUAUUUGAUCACGAUUCUAUUUUUAAAGGUCGUAGAUUUUAUUGUGAAUAGCAAAACAAAGACAAGUAUAAAAGAAGACGCUGUUUGUUGGCAAGAUCAAGAAAAAUUUGGAGCAAAAUUUUCAAACAGAACACUCGCGUUUCAGGUACUUACAGUAAAGUUAAUAACCAAAUCUAGUGCGAGUAGUAGUGCUUGAAUGACAAUAGUGAGCAAGCGGCGUUUUUGACAACACGGACGUCACCCGAAAAUUGGUAUAACUAAUUUUGGCGGCAUUUUGCCUCAUCUAAGCAUAGGUGGCCCAGACACAUUGUGCGAUUUAAAUUUAAAUGCUUUGUAUACUUAAUUACCCCCUGCGGUAUCGACCUCAUAAUAAUAAUGUCAACGAUUAGCUCAAAAAUAUUCUUAAUUUUUACACUAAAAUGUAUCACUAAUAAAUACUUAUCGUUGAAGGAAAUAUACUUACGUACAUAGCAUGCAUCAGCAAAAAUGAAUAGUUUAUACCUAAAUUUAGUAUAGAAGCACGAAUGUCAGUUGAUUUUAAAGCUGGAUUUCAAGUGCUAGUCUACUAAAGUAAAGGUAUAAACUAUUUAUUUUUGCUGAUGCAUGCUAUGUACGUAAGUAUAUUUCCUUCAACGAUAAGUAUUGAUUAUAGUGAUACAUUUUAGUGUAAACAGAAUAUUUUCAAGCUAAUCAUUGACAUUAUUAUUAUACCAAGCACUUAAAUUUAAAUCGCACAGUGUGUCUGGGUUACCUAUCAUCUAAGGAAGCAAACUGAAAACUUUAAAAAUCUUAUGUUUUGUCAUAUGUGUUGAAAUUACCACAAACUGAUACAAACACAGUUUUUAAUCCAGUCCCUCCUCGGCAUCUCAUGACGUCCGUGUUGAGAAAAACGUCGCUUGCUUAUUAAGCUCUAUUACACUCUAAAACACGGCUCGGGUUAAAAUUUUCCAGGUCAUGGUAAACCUAGAAAUAACUCGGUUUGGGUUAAUUUAAUAUUCCUGGUGAAAUUUCCUGGUUAUUUUAUCUCUCUUCCUACCAUAGUCUGGUUAAUGUUACCCAACCUCGUUCCCAGGCUCUUCCCUCUUAACCAGGAAAAAGAUCUAUUAACUGAAUUGUAAGCUGCAAUAUUAUACCUCAAAUUCAAAUUGUCCAAUCAAAAACAGCAUUUGCAUCACGUGACAAUGCGAUUUUUACGGUAUUUCAUUCAUGAUUUCGCAAUGCAGCGGUAGAUCUAAACUCUACAUGACUUUAAAACUAUAAAACUGUUUUGAAAAUUUGCUUCGUAACACCGAUUUUUGUCCUAAAAUAUUUUUUGGUGGAUAAUUCACUAGUAAAUGCAUGGAACGAAAGUCUAGGGAAAAUUUGUAUAUUUCAAGUAAAUUCGAGGCUCCGGCGCACUUAAAUUCAAUAUGGCGACCAGACUGCCAAGUCAGGAUUUGACAUUUUACCCAUGAUUUUACCAUGCAUCAAAAUUUAUUGUUUCACUCAAAAUGUUGACGUUAUCAUGCAGGAAAUUUAAACUUAUCAAAAUUCCUUUGUGUCAACUCCUCACGAAACAGACCGAAAACACGGUCUAUAGAUCACGAAACACGAUGCAGAUCUCGAAACGAAAUCUAGAUCACGAAACACGAUCUAGAUCUCGAAACGCGAUCUAGAUAAGGUUUUCUUGCUGAGAAAAACAAAAUAUAUUGCCUAUUGGGUUAGUUUAGCCGCUGCAUAUGCUCAUUUCCACAUUUCAUACAUGAUGUAUUAUUAUUCACUAUCUUACACUGAUGGAGUGAUGCAAUUCUAGUGUAAAGCACCCUCUCUCAAGACGUCGAAUAUAUUCAAGUCGCUCAUAGUGGCCUAAAUUUUAUUCAGUUUCACUAUUUUCAGUUUAUUCAGUUUCACUAUUUUCUUUAAUCUUAAAAUAUAUUUGUCGCUACACUGUGUUUCACGCUUCUUUCAAAGCGAUCUUCAGGCGAAUUAUUUAAGAAUUAUUUAAGCUCUAUCGUAUAUUGGUAUUGAGCACUCUUCGUUCAAUUACGGACAACAAGAAUUAUAUAUAUAUAUAUAUAUAUAUAUAUAUAUAUAUAUAUAUAUAUAAAUUGGAUAAGCAUUGGUCAUAUUAAAUGAAUAGUUUGAAUAACCGAAAAGGAACGAUCAAAUAUGCCGAGGCAAUAACACACUCGUAUAGUCUCGUAUACAUCCAAUGUCAAGGGCAAAAGAGCUACAGCGGUACAGUUUAAUUAUAUAUAGUUUUUUACCAAUGAUACGAUAAGAAGUAGCGACAAAUACCCGUAUCGUAAUGAGAUGUAUGGAUUACAGAGUGCAACACAAAUUUACAUACAAGUCUAAAGCAGUAAGGAAACACAUAAUGAAUUAUUAUAGUUACGUUGAGAGCUGCCUAAUAUGCGGUAACAGUAUAUAAUUUUUAGUGACGUCAGAUCGUUGGUGUAAAAUAGAUGUUUUUUAAAAAAUAAAUAGCUAACCCCUUAAACCUGGCAUGAUAUAGCAUUCUUAUUUUCGCUUUAUAAAGCCGUUUGCCAUUUCACUUAGGAAAAUGAACAACGUCAAAAUUCGGACAAUUAUACAUGUAAUGGAAGGGAUGAAUGCGCCAGCUGCAGCAGUAUAAUAAUUACAUGCAUCAGUUAUGUUAUAUCUUUGCCAGUGACGUCAGAAAUUUCAUGUAUCUUUGACAGUCGCAUGUUAAUUAUCAGUGUUCAAAACAUAUACUGUAUAUGUAUUCAUUUCGUCUUAUAUAUAAACGUUGAACGUGCAUGGGCGCCCAGUGUAAGUGUUGUAUAUUGUAUAUUAAAGUGUGUUUUUCUGGAAUGAAGUGAGAUUAUAUUGUGUAUUAAAGUGUGUUUUUCUGGAACGAAGUGAGAUCAACGAAAACGUCGACGUUUAAAAGUUGCAACGAAGACUUCAAUGUUUGAAAGCUAAUUUAAUAGAAGCCAUGCAGACGAAGGAUCUUCUGAGCUAAAAUAGUGAAAAUCUUCCGGCUCAAAACCAGAGGCUAAAAACCAGAGACUCAAAACGUCGUAGUUUUCUUAUUAUAAUCUUUUUCAGGAAAUUUCAACCAAAACCAUAACACCAGUCUUGCAUAUACAUGAUUAAAUUGGGCCAUUUAUACGAGCAAAAAUUAAAUAAGCCUCGACUUAUUUAGGCCUAUCUUUCAAUCCUGGCUGGGCUUAUUUUAGCCGCGGCUUGCGAACAAAUUGACUGUUUAUACAAGUUGUUUGCGACUUAUCUAAGCCGUGGCUUAAUUUGUGCUCGUAUUAAUGACCCUAUAUGUCUGCAUCUUGGAUUCCGAACGAUAAAUCCUUCUUAAUACUGUUUUUCUUUCGUUUUCAGUUUUAUGAUACAAUAUCCAGAAUGGCUUCAACGAUAAAAAAAGCAAACGAACUGGAAAGUCAACAUUUAGACAAGGUAAACUUGACGUUUACUCUGGUUUGGUAACUCUCUUUAACACGCCCAUGCAGAGGUAAUGCAAGUUGAGGCGAUUGAAGGCGAAUCGAGCGCAUGCAUUUAUGGCGAGUCAAGCUAGGCAAUUAGCCUUUCUUACGCCGCCAUUUUUGGGUGGCAUUUCAGCCGAAAUCUGCGAGAUAAGUCCACAUAACAGCGACUUUUUAUAAUUUUUUGGACGAAUGAUGGUAAAUCUGCGUUGUAAAUGGUUAGUUUAUUUUGAAAAAUUGCUUUUCACAUUGUUUUAAUUGUCUGCAUUGGUUAACGAGAAUUGGAUGCCACCCAAAAAUGGCGGCGGAUAUAUUCGUCAUUGUGAGAAAGGCUGAUUCAGUUAGAGAAAUAUAGGCAAUUUAGUCGCGAGGUAAGGCGAUUUAAAGCUAGUUUAGGUGAUAUAAGAUAAAUUCGACCUAUUUGGUAGCGAGGUGAGACGAUUUAUUUCUUGCAUGAAGAUACGUGGCCAGUUAAUAUACGAUUUUGCAUGCAUGCCCAUGAACAAGCUGUGCUAUCCCAUGCCCUCCUCUCUAUAGCUAGUGUCCGCCAGCUAGGACUCGAACAAUUAUUCAAGCAAGCAAAUUAAACAAUAUAUGCCUCUUUGAUAUAUUUGCCUACAUACGUAUUAUGUAUUUUACAAGAAGACGUGUCAAUGUUUAUAUUUCUUUUUUUAGAUGGUGGAUCUUGAAAUUCAUCUUCCAAAUUCCGACGUGCGAACUUAUAAAUUUUAUAAAACUGACACACUGAAAGGUGCAUUAAAGAUGGUUUGCACCAAAGAAAAGCUACGUGUAAAUGAAUAUUAUUUUCAUCACAUGCAACGAACUGAUGAUAGUCUCGACAUGGCGCUUAGAAUUGGAGAUUUAAGAACAGACAAGAUAAGAUUAAUAUCCAAACGAG